AUGUUGAAGCUUAGAGGAAAUGCUGAAACGCCUGACGCCUCUGCUUUGGGGGAUCACAUUGCCUCCGCCGAUGCUGCUGCUGAGCAGGAAGCCCGGCCAAAGCCAGCGAGAACAGGCAGAGGACUGCCUCUUCGUGAGCGCAAGGUGUAUCGAAACCUAGCGCGAUACACUCCUCGAGUGCAAGGAUUGACCUUUGAUCACAACCAGAUCCGGUGGAUUUCUUACUGGAAAAAUGAACAGAACAAGCAAGUGCAGAAACACUUCCCAGUUAGCCGAUUUGGAUUCUUUGGGGCCAGACUAAUGGCUUUAGAAGAGCGCAACCGAAUCCAGGGGUGGCCCCUUUUCGCAGAUGAAGCGUUCCAUCUCAUUGAGGGGUUGAAGAUCUUUGUCAAGUCCAAUCCGGAAUAUGCUGCAGCUUUGCUACAAGGGGGCGAACUGGAUCCUGUCACUGGUGAGAUCCACCUCAAUGAAUAUGCAGAGCAGGUCUUGGAAUCCUGUUCAGCCACCCUAGAGGAGCGCAUUGCUGCUUCUUUGGCUACUGGUCUGCGGGCUCUACCACCCCAAGUAGACGCCUGCGGCCGAAAUCAACGCAGUAGGCCAGCAGCAGGAGCAGUUUCAACCCGCCAGCCGCCUCCACUGCCUCUUUCCCACGAAGACGAGGACUGGUCUGUUCACCGUAAGGCGUCUAUAGGCGUGGCAACUCGCCGUCAGAGGGCAGCUCGUUUAAGAACUGCUGUGCGGAGGAGUGGGCUUACUGCUUCAACCCCACCUGAAAGGCACGCAGCUGCACCUCCCGGCUCAGGAGGCCAAGAAGAGCUUAUCCUUCCCCCUACUGCGUUUGACAGCAAGAGGGGAGAGCCCCAACAGUCCCCAGAACCCGGAGUGGCUACCUAUGCAGAAGCCCUGGCUCAGGCAUAUGCUCUCUCUGUGGGAGGGCUUACAGUAGACGCACCAACAGCGCAUCAAGCACUGCCUACGUUGCACAGCAGCCAAGAAGAGCCUUGGCCCUCUUCGACCGUUAAUUGCCGAAACCCAGACGUUCUGCCUGAUUUGUUGACUGCGACGACUGCUGGAACGCUUUAUCUCGAGGGAGGAGCUGACUCUUCAGUAAGCAGCCGGCUUGUUUCUAUGGCUUCCUCAAAUUUUGAAGAUCCCGAACCCCUGGGAGACUCCAGUGCGUUAGCUGAACAGGAACCAGAUGCUCUUCGAGACCUCCUCAACUGCGACGUCUCAGAACCGUUGGGCACUGGAGUAGAUUGGGAGCUUGAGGGUUGUAACACCGAAACAAUUGUUGACGUUAGCAGGCCCACAAGAAAUCCUGUACUGCGCCAUGCUCGACAGUUCUAG